UCCUCCUACAAAACCGCACCCACGUCCGCGGCGCUUCCAUUCUCACCACUCCACCACCAUCCGGCGCGGCGAGCAACCUCCAACCGGCGGCAAGGAUGCAGAUCUUCGUGAAGACGCUGACGGGGGAGACCAUGGCGCUCGAGGUGGAGAGCUUCGCGGCCGUCGACAGCGUCAAGGCCAAGAUCCACGACAAGGAAGGUAUCCAGCCGGACCAGCAGCGCCUCAUCUUCGCGGGGAAGCAGCUUGACGAUGGCCGCACCCUGGCCGACUACCACAUCCACAAGGAGUCCACGCUUCACCUCCUGCUGCGCCUCGCCGGCGGUGACAGGGGCUCGUGCUACCCGCACAGGUUGGAGCCUAACCUGCUGGCGCUUGCGCUCAAGUACAGGCAGCACAAGCUUGUGUGUCGCAAGUGCUAUGCACGCCUGCCCCUCAGGUCUACAAACUGCCGCAAGAAGAAGUGCGGCCACAGCAAUGACAUCAGGCCCAAGGAGAAGCUGCGCUUCCACUGAAGCAUUGGAAACAUGACCCGAGUGACAUGCCAUAGCUGGAUUAACUGGGAGUCCAGAGUUUGGUUCGAGUCUUUCUUGGAUAUGAAGUUUCAUCCUAGUUAAAAUGUUGCUUCUGGAAUCUAGAACGCCCUAAAAGAUGCUACCUAGCUGCUCUUGUAUUACUGCAAUUCGCUCUUCCAUGAAUGAUGAAAUCAACUAUUUGAGAUCUACUAGCUAGCUUGAAUGAUGAUGAAGUCAAGUAGUGCUCUUGCUUUC